AUGGUCGAUGAAGGCUUGCUGGCCCCAUUCUUGGGUGCUCUACAAGCCUGUGUAUCAGUUCUACUGACUAUGUGUUACGGCGUCGCCGCACGUCGGCUUCAAUUGAUCCAUGAAGCCACGAUCAACGACAUGGCCGGUUUAGGAGUCAAGCUGUUCUUGCCGGCAUUGAUAGUUGUCAAUCUGGGCCAGCAACUUCAUCUGGGCACAGCGAUGCAUUAUCUGCCGGUAUUACUAUGGUCUGGCACAUACACUGCGGCCUCCAUUGGCCUGGCGCAUCUUGUUUCGCGAGUAUUCACACUGCCACAAUGGGUCACCCCAGCUUGCUCCUUCAACAACACCACCUCCCUUCCACUGUUGCUGAUGCAAUCACUCCAAAGUGUGGGGAGUCUGAAGCUCAUCCUCCGAGAUGAUGAAAAUGUGACAGAUGCCAUUGAGCGCGCUCAAAGCUACUUCUUAGUCUGCGCAGUGGUCAGCAAAACCAUCGCGUAUGUCGUCGGUCCCAAGAUGUUACAAGACGACGAAGACCAGGACAGCGUUAUCGGUCGUGCUGAAGAACGACAUCAUCCUCCUACUAUUCUCGAAGACGAUGAGCAGCUGAGCGAGCAAACGUCUCUUCUCCCCCAGCGUGCACAAAAGGCCCGACAGGUCGUCCGAGGGCGUCUCCAGCACUGGACCCGAUGGCUUGGCUCAUUUUUUCCACAUCGCGUGAAGCAGGAGCUCAUGGCCCCGUUCGGGUCUCCGUUUGCCGAUGUAGCUAUCCUUUGUGCCAUCCUCGGCGCAAUACUCGGCUUGGUUCCUGCAUUACACCGAGCAUUCUUCUUUCGAGACGAACAAGGCGGGAUCUUUAACGCAUGGCUCACCACUAGCGUCCGCAACAUCGGCCGGCUAUUCACCACACUCCAGGUGUUUAUUGUUGGGUGCAAGCUCGGAGUGACUUUCGAAAAGAUGGCAGCCGAAGGAAACUUGUAUCGGAUUCCCGUCAAAGCGAUCACGACUAUUUUCCUUGUGCGACUCGUGGUCUGGCCUGCACUGAGCAUCUCGCUCAUUUACGGACUGGCAAGACAUACCUCCCUCCUUGGGCAUGAUCCGAUACUUUGGACUGGCAGAGCUGGCAAAGGCAUCGGAGCGGGAGAAGAUGGCCAUUGCCAAAACAUUGACGGUAAGAAUGGACAUGCCUCAAAAUGGCCAUCUCUUACUCACGUUACUCAGAUCAUGUAUGGACUAUCACCGUUUGUGUGCUUUACUAUCACGGGCGCCCUCAAGGCAUCCGAGGCCGUGUUGAACGAAAGAGACUAA